UCCCUUAACUUUCCAUAAUCCCCUUACCUGGGGCAGGGAGGAAAGGAAGCUCAAGAAAACCUGGGGGCUUUAGAAGGACGAAAUCCUCACACAUUCUGGACAGCGUUGAAAAUGAGUGUUGGGGAAGGGGCACUUUUCUGCGGCUCUGCUAGCCUUUCGGACAAGGCGAUGGCUGAGCUAAGAUCGAUAACCAGCGACACGUAUCUCACACUAACUCAGACCUAUGGACAGGCGACUUUCGCUUUUAGCGCUGGCCAAGGUGCUGAAAGCCAGGUGUGCUAUCAGGGAACUCCUGGUGCUGAAUUAAACUCCGGUCAGUUAGAGAGGUCAGCCGACAGCAGCGAAGAGCAAACGGGAGAAGAAGAGGAAGAAGACAGAUUAGAGUCAAGAAAAAACAGCACUGGGUUGGACCGUGAAGACAAACUCAGAAGUUCUGCUGGGAGAAAAAGUAAGGAGCAGAGAUCGCUCCGUCUUAGCAUUAAUGCCAGGGAGAGGAGGAGAAUGCAUGACUUAAACGAUGCUUUAGAUGGCCUCCGAGCUGUGAUUCCUUACGCACACAGCCCAUCAGUGCGGAAAUUAUCCAAAAUUGCAACUUUACUACUGGCCAAAAAUUACAUACUUAUGCAAGCUCAGGCCCUGGAAGAGAUGAGAAGGCUGGUAGCGUAUUUGAACCAAGGACAACAUCUUGCUGCUCCCAUCCCAGCAACCAUAGCUCCGUUUGGACAAUCAUCUGUUUAUCCGUUCACUGGUACAGCUCUGCCUACUUGUUCAGAGAAAUGUACAGCGUUUACAGGUACAUCGUCUACACUCUGCAAACAUUGCAAUGAUAAGCCUUAAUCUGUCCUUUUCACCUCCUACUUCUUGCUGUCCGUAUGUCUCAGUGUGCGGUCUAAUGCAUUUUCUUAGUUCACUUACCACUCCACGAGAAAUUUGACCUUUUACCACUCCAUUGGAAAUUUCACCUUGUGUAAAACUAAUAAUUUAUAGACAUUAUGCAGUAUGUCCAGCCUCACUGAACGAAUGAAAAUAUAUUUCUUGGCUUGCCAACCAGGUCACCAUCACUUAACUAACGGAGUUUAAAACAAGGAGUUUAAAAGACCUACAUAUAGGUGAUUGAUAAUUGCUGACGGCAGUACUAAAGACUCAUAUAUGACAUAUAGGAUUUGCCUGUAGUGCAUAUAAUUUCAUAUUACAUAUAAGUAUUUGGAUGAUCGAAAAUACUAAGCUAUGCAACUUGCUCACAUAUACUAGAGGCCAUUAAAUGGAGAUUAAUUUAAUUUAAAUAACAUCUGCGACGUGCAGGUCUUGAAGCUGCGGUGUUCCACGUAAAAAGUAUGCUGCAUUUUCAGCGAUUCAAAAGUUCACAGCGGGAAACCACAAACUGAACUUUUAAUUGGUGCGCUGUUAUUUUUGUUCAUUACAGAAAAGUUAACUUUAAUUGUAAUGGGCACAUUUUUGCUGUUCAUCUAAAAACCUUGAACUUUUUCCACAUGUAUCAGUCUUUCUAUUAAUGGAAACAUGGUUUAGAAAGCUUAUUUGCCUUUAUAAUAAUAAAAAAGCGUAUGGUCUGCCUACAGAACAGCUGUGAGUAAUGUGAUCAUCUAGAAAAAGUGUAAUGAUAGUGCAUAUAUGUGACAUAAAAUUCAAAAACAGUUCAAGGAUGAUAUCAGAAACUAUUAUCUCACAGACCGUCAUGUCAGAAAAC